AUGCCUACACCAUUGAAUGUAAAUGCGAGAGAAUGGCGGCCAACAAGUGAUCUGACAACUUUUGUCCUUCCUGCCUCUACUACGGCUGAAGAUCCCCAUCUGGCUUUAGGUGGUAAUACUUCCCCUUCAGCAGCAGCAGCAGCAGCCGCUGGAGUAGAUGGAGAUGUUGAGGCCCCAUCCUUGCAGAAUGCCGAACAGGAGGAACAGAUACAUCACGAUCAGGCAAACAUGGAGCCUCCUGCGUAUUAUCCCUCCUUCACACAGGCAGCAACUUCUACAGGUUUAACUGGGGAUAGUACACUAGAUGGAACGAAUUGGACAGAGGAGUUUGAACGCGUUAUGGCCCUUACAAAGGAACUUAUUGAACGACAAAUGAGUGGUGAGGCAAAUGAACCAAGAAAGAUGGAAACUACUCAUAUUAGUCAAUCAAAACAGAGUCAUGCUUCCAGUGCAGAUCAAACACCCACACAUAAGAAAUCUAAUGCAACUUUGGCUGUGGACAAUAAUCGUUUUCCAGCACUACCUGGUGGUGAAGAUGAAGUAAGACCUCUUGUAAGCGGUAAGUGGGUCAGUGCUGUUGUUGCCCUUAAACCGAAAAGUAGUACUAAUACUAAUACUACUGUUCAUACUGGAGGUGGAGUUGGUAAUGGAGUCUCAUCUGGCAUUAAUAAUCCUAAAGGUUCCGUUCCUACUACUACUACUACUACUACUUCUUCUACUGUUGCUGCUGCUGCUGCAACUUCUUCUCCCUCUCUUCAUGCUUCUGUACCAGAAUUUGAUGAGUUUGGACGUCCGCUUCCUCCAUUGACUUCAAAAGGUAAUAGACGAUGGAAAAAACCAACAAAGUCACAACAAAAACGUGAAAUGGCUCAAAAAAAUGCCUUUGAAGCUUUUGCAAAUGCACUUUUACACAGUGUUUCACCUUUUAUGGCUCCACUUCGUGAACGUUGCAAAACAUCACUUCCACAUAUUAAGGUAGAUCAACGUUUUGGGAAAAGUGGUCAACCACAAUCAGCUGUGGCCCAAUUUGUUGUGGCACCUCUGGUAACAAAUUACCGACCACGACAUUUUCACGAUCUCACACCUGGAGAUUUAAUGGAGUUUCAUUAUGAUUUUGCGCAGGUAUUAAAACAACUCAAAUCGGCUAAUGGUAUUCAUUUUGGAUAUGGUCCUGUAUGGAAGCGUUAUGCUGUACCAUAUUGCUACGUUAAUUGUAAGGAAUACCGUCAGGAAGUACUGAAUUUGUGCCCUGAUGAAGUUCCUAAUAUGCGAGUAGAACCUAUUUAUGAAGAUGAUAUAGUUAAAGACAUCACAGAUGUGGUACUCGCAGUUGAGGAGUUGGAACCUUUACAACAUAUGUCAAUAAUUCAGGCAAUGAGUCGACGAGUAAAUUUGGCCCCACUUUUUGACGCUUUUGACGCUAUUUUUCAACCAAUUGAAAAUUAUAUUAUUGUUAUUCGCGAUUUACACCGUGUUCCAUCUACUUUUCUUAUUCAAACCUCACAACACGAGAUUGAACAAAAACCUUCCCCUCUCGUAUUAUACAAUGAUCCCAAAUUGUGGUACGAGCUUCCAGUGGUUAGUCGCGUUAGAUUGGGAGAAACGACAACCUCAUCAGGUGUUUCUCAACAGUACGCUGAAGGGGAAGGACGUCACUCUGUCUCGGCUUCACGGAGUGAAGAAAUAGAUAAACGUCAUUCAACUGGAACUAAUGGAAAUCAUGAUUUAAACAAUCGUCAUUCUCAUAACAAGUCACAAAUAAAAAAAACUUCAUCAUUACCUGUAGUCUUACCCGUAAUAGGGAGUGUAUCCUGCUUAUUACUUACGGGGUUUAUCUUGUGGAAACGGAAAUCUGGUCGUUAA